AUGUACCGUAUCAAAGCUAAAACUGUGUACAUAAGAGUGGGAAGCAACCAUACUGAUAGAGACGGUAGAGUGUAUACAUCUACAAAGUUCUGGCAACAUCCCAAUUACAACAAUAGGACAAUUGAUAACGACGUCGGAAUUGUUAGUCCAUCUCGCUCUAUCCAGUACAACGCGAAUGUGAAGGCAAUAAAAUUGGCGAGCAGUGGCAGGAAUAUACCGGCUAGAACCGAGGUGUUGGUUACUGGAUGGGGACUUACAUCUGAAAACGGUGAAGGCAGUGACCGUCUUAUGGCAAUACGAGUGCCUACACUGUCAAACGAAGACUGCCGCAAAUCUUACAACAACUAUAUUACUGAGAACAUGAUCUGUGCUGGUGUACCAGAAGGGGGGAAGAGCACAUGUCAAGGUGAUUCAGGAGGGCCAGCACAUUCAAAGUUCGGCCAAGUUGGGAUUGUGUCUUUCGGCAUCGGCUGUGCUCGUCCGGGGUACCCUGGAGUCUAUGCCAGAGUAACAAGUCCCAACAUACGCAACUGGAUCAAAACUAUUACUGGCGUUUGAUCAUAGAUGGCGUUAGCUUUGUCAGAUUUUAACACUAAAAUGCUUUGAGGCUUUUAAAUUAUGCGUGGAAAUUGCGUUAAUUUAUUAUUACCACAUUAAAAUGAAGUAAUUUUAGUUUGAUUUGUAACAAAUUGUUUCCGUUAUUGAUAGGACUUUUCACUUAUAUCGAAUUACUUACGCAUUAUUCACGGAGUUUGUCUAUUUUUAUGGCACUGUU